AUGGAAAGAACGAUAGCGAAGGUUUGUGAUGCAGACAGAUGCUAUCUGAUAUCAGAUCACCCAUAUCUUGAAGAUGAAAAGUCCCUAAUUGUUGAACGUUCUACAAAAGUAAGGGACUAUUCUGAGGUAAGAAUCACAACAGCCGAACUGGAAACGCCACAAGAAUUAACGUGGAAGAACUUCAACACCAAGCAAUGGAAUGUUAACAAGUUAUUUAUCAAGCAUGUUUAUUGCAGGGCGAUGAUAGCUGUGCCAUUUAUGACACAGGCACUAAAAUUCGAUCCAGAGGAUUAUCAAAAUGUGCUUAUGAUUGGCCUUGGUGGCGGUGUUAUGAACAAUUUUCUCACUAUUGUCGAUUUUAUAAAG